AUGGUGGGACCCGGGCCCGCCGCCGCUGUCGAAGAGCGGCAGAGAAAGCUCCAGGAGUACCUAGCAGCCAAGGGAAAACUGAAGAGCCAAAACACAAAGCCCUAUCUGAAAGCCAAGAAUAAUUGCCCGAAUCAAGCACUUUCUAAAUCUACCAUUAGACCAAAAAAGGAUGUUACCAACCAUGUUGUUUUGCCUAUCAGAACUACAAAGUCCAUCAGCGUUAAACUCCAGCCCAGAACAGCCAAUAUCACAGUGUCCCAGAAGCCAAAGUUGGAGCCACCAAAACUUGUGAACAAAAGGCUGACUUCAGGAUGUGUUUCUUCUAACCCAAACUGUAAGCCUUCCAGAAAAAGUCAUCAGCAACCUGAAGCUGGAUCUUCCACUACAGGGGAACUGUCAGAACCCAUGGGGUCACGUAGUAGGCAGGAAUUGAAAACUGCAAAGCAGCAGGUAACAGAUCAAGGAAAUGCUAAAUGUACAGACUCUGUGGACAGCACCCAUGUUAAAAACAAAUCUUUGGAUGGCUUUCUAAAAGAGAUGAAUAAAGAAAAUUUGCCCCAAACCUUAUCAGAACCUGAGAGGAAGCCAGGUCCUGAAUUAUGUAUUAUAAGUAAGCCAAAGACUAACUCUUAUAAUCAAACCAAGAGCAGUUUGGCUCCUAAACAAGCUGUGGGCAAAAGUUCAGUAAAUAGUGCUAUACUGAAAAACAAAGUUAAUAAACAAUUUGUUGGAGAAACACAAAUUAGGACUCUACCAGUAAAGUCACAGCAACUCUCUAGAGGAGCAGAUCUUGCAAAACCAGGAGAAAAACCCCCAAGGACAGUUCCCUCUGGCUUUAUUCAAACCCUCAGUAAGACUCAAGCAUCAAAUAGACCAGUGGUGAAGGACAUAAAGAAUAUAAAGGUUAACAAGGGUAAAUGUGAAAGACCAAGUGAAACUAAGGUAUGGUCUUAUCCUGUUACUGAACAGAAAGUAAAAUAUGCCAAGCCCAGGACAUACCCCAAUUUGCUUCAGGGAGGAUAUAACAACAGACAUCCAAACAUCAAGCAAGUUCAGAAAUCCACUCAACCAUGUUUUAGACCUCAGACAUCAUGUCAAAAUCAAAAAUCAAAAACCAUAAGCCAGAGGCCUAAUUUGACAGUUGGCAGCUUUAAUUCAGUCAUUCCACGCACCCCUAGCAUAAGAGCAAAUGGAAUCAACAGUAGUGAAUACAACAGCAGCAUUCAACAAAAAGCACAGACUUUAGACUGUAAGUUGAAAAAGGCUCUGCCCCAGAACCAUUUUCUGAAUAAGACAGCUCCCAAAACUCAAGCUGUCACAACCACGAAUUGCAAAGGAGUCCCAAAUGGGGCCCAAACUAAUCCUAAUAUUAAAAAGAAGACAACAGCAGAGGAUCGAAGGAAACAACUGGAAGAAUGGAAGAAAUCUAAAGGGAAAAUCUAUAAAAGGCCCCCAAUGGAACUUAAAACAAAAAGAAAGAUAAUAGAGGAAAUGAAUAUUUCAUUCUGGAAAAGCAUUGAAAGAGAAGAGGAAGAAAAGAAAGAACAACUUGAACUGUCCAGUAAAAUUAACAACACUCUGACAGAAUGUCUGCAGCUCAUUGAAGGGGGUGUACUUUCUAAUGAAAUAUAUACCAUAUUGUCGAGCAUUCCUGAGGCUGAAAAAUUUGCUAAAUUCUGGAUCUGCAAAGCAAAGUUGUUGGCAAGUAAAGGUGCCUUUGAUGUUAUUGGACUGUAUGAAGAGGCCAUUAAAAACGGGGCAACACCAGUACAAGAGUUACGGGAAGUUGUUCUUAAUAUUUUGCAAGACCCAAACAGAAACACAGAAGGAAUUACCUCUGACUCUUCAGCUGCUGAAACUAAUAUAACAUUAGUGGAAGAGCUGGCCAAGAAGAAGGAAUCUGGAAAGUCUUGUCUUUCUCCGAAAGAGAGGGAACAGGUUACAGCAACACCCCAGAUAACCAGGGCAGAACAGGAUAAUCAUCUUGGUAUCAAAUUACAGAUUACUCCAAUCCCUAGAAUACAGAGGGUGCCAGGAGUGCCAGACAUGAAGCUUAUUACUCCUGUACGGCGCUCAUCGAGGAUCGAGCGAGCAGUGUCCCACUACCCACAAACGCUGCAGGAACACGAUUUAGUCGUGGCUUCUCUGGAUGAGCUCUUAGAAGUGGAAGAAACAGAAUGUUUUAUAUUCCGUAAAAAUGAGGCUUUGCCUGUAACAUUAGGGUUUCAAAUCCUUGAAUCAUAA